AUAUUUUUCAACAAUCUGUAAUUUAUACCUAUACGUACAAGUACAUGAUAUCUCAAUAAAUAUAUCUAAAACGUUAAAAAACAUGAAAAUUAUAAAUUUUAUUUUAUUUUUAUAAGCAAUAUUAACCGAUCAUAGGGUUUAUUUGAGGUGUUAAGGACACUAAAAAGAGAAACAAAAAGAAUAUUUGGCGUCAGUAUAAUCACUAAGGUGGUACUACCUUAAUGUCAAAUUUUGAUAUUUAUUACAGUUUCAUAGGUUGAUUUGAUUUCCUUAUCUUGUAUUGAUGGUUAGUCAUUUCCUGUAUAGAACAAUUGAAGAAUGUUGGAAUGAAUAAUGUUGAACAGUGUAACAAAACACGUUUUACACUGUUGUUUAUUAUUUAUUGUUAUAAUUAUAUUUGAAUUGAUUACUGGAGGACUUAGCUGGAAUAAUAAUAAAGAAGAAACGUUUGAUCCAUGGAUUCAGUAUGGAUUUCUGGGUGCACUUGUGUUGUACUUCCUGCGAACACUUACAUUUCUUUCAUUUCCUCAAGUUUUAUUUAACUUUGUAGGACUGAUAAUAUACAAUGCAUUCCCAGAUAAAGUAGUUUUGCAAGGCUCACCAUUACUUGCACCAUUUGUUUGUAUUAGAAUAGUAACACGUGGAGAUUAUCCACUAUUAGUGAAGGCAAAUGUAAAGAGAAAUUUGAAUAAGUGUAUAGAAACUGGUUUAGAAAACUUUCAAAUUGAAGUAGUUAGUGAUAAGCCAAUUGGAUUAACUCUUCACAGAAGAAUUAGAGAAGUUGUUGUACCACCAAACUAUCGUACAAGUAGUGGCGCUUUGUUUAAAGCCCGUGCGUUACAAUAUUGCUUAGAACAUUCAGUCAAUGAACUAGCAGAUAAUGACUGGAUUGUACACCUUGAUGAAGAGACUUUAUUAACCGAAAAUUCUGUUCGUGGAAUACUGAAUUUUGUAUUGGAUGGGAAACAUCAAUUUGGUCAAGGGUUAAUAACAUAUGCAAAUGAAGAUGUUGUUAACUGGAUUACUACCUUAGCAGACAGUUUUAGAGUAGCAGAUGAUAUGGGAAAAUUAAGGUUACAAUUUACAAUGUUUCACAAACCUUUCUUUAGUAUGAAAGGUUCUUAUGUUGUUACACAAAUGGGUGCGGAAAGACAAGUUUCCUUUAACAAUGGACUAGAUGGAUCCGUUGCAGAAGAUUGUUUUUUUGCAAUGAAAGCGUUUACUCAAGGAUACACAUUUAAUUUUGUAGAUGGUGAAAUGUGGGAAAAAUCACCAUUUACAUUAUGGGAUUUUGUACAACAAAGAAAAAGAUGGUUACAAGGUAUAUUACUUGUCGUACAUUCCAAAGCUAUUCCAUUAAGUAAGAAGCUGCUUUUAGGCAUAUCUUGUUACUCGUGGGUAACAAUGCCACUUUCUACUUCGAAUAUUGUAUUAGCUGGAAUUUAUCCCAUUACUUGCCCACCACUUAUAGAUUUUCUUUGCGCUUUCAUUGGCGCAGUAAAUAUUUAUAUGUAUGUUUUUGGCGUAGUCAAAUCGUUCUCUUUAUACCGAUUUGGUAUUGCCCGAUUUAUACUAUGUAUAUGUGGGGCAUUAUCAACAAUUCCUUUUAAUUUGAUCAUUGAAAAUAUUGCUGUUAUAUGGGGUUUGUUUGGAAAGAAACAUAAAUUUUAUGUUGUUAAUAAAGAAUAUAAACCACCAAUAACAGUGUAAAAAGAUAUCAAAAGAUUCAUUUCAACUAGCAACAUAUGCUUACAAAAGUGUUCAUAUGCACUUUUAGUACUUGUAAGCGAAAUAUCGUUAUAAACAAAAAUAUCAUUAUCAU